AGACUUUGUCAAAAAUAAAACCGAGUGUUUAUUGGUGAACACAUAGAAUAGAACCUUAAUAAACCCUAGAGUCGAUCAAAAUAUUCAGUGUGAACCAGAGUGUGGAGUAGACAGGUUAUAGUAACAAUAGUUGAUAAUAGGAUUAGCAAUUCACUAGAUGAUGUUCUCUGUCACAUUCUUUCGUUCCUUCCUACUGAACAUGCUUUUUCCACAAGUCUUGUGGUCAAGAGUAUGGAGUAGACAGAUUACAGUAGCAAUGGAUGAUAUGAUUAGCAAUUUACCAGAUGAUGUUCUCUGUCACAUUCUCUCGUUCCUUCCAAUUGAAGAUGUUUUCGCUACAAGUUUUGUGUCCAAGAGAUGGAGACCACUCUGGCUUUCAGUCACCAAUCUGGAUUUUGACCAAGAUAGAUUUACUCGAUCUGGGAAUAGAUCAUUCUCUUCCUUUAUCAAAUUCGUAGAGGCAUCCAUUCUCAGACUUGGUAUUCACCAACCCAUCAAAACGUUUCGCCUCAAAUGUUCCACGUGUUCAGUUUCCCAUGUUAAGACAUGGUUGAAAACCGCAGCAGACCGCAAAGUUGAGAAUCUCCAAAUCAAUUGUUUGGCCUUUUGUCAGGACUUACCCUGCUCCAUUUUCAGCAUCACAACCCUUGUUGUUCUCCAGUUGAAAUGCGUGGCUUUUAAGGGUUUUUUUUCUGUUGAACUUCCCUUACUCAAAACUCUGCAUUUGGACCAUGUUACUUUCUUAAAGUCUCAACAUUUUGCAGACCUUCUUAAUGGUUGUCCAUUGCUUGAAAAUUUGGAAGCAAAAAUCAUAUCUUCUGCUUAUGACCCUUCAUCUGAGAGUGAGACAAAGUUUACAACUUUACCCAAGUUGGUCAGAGCAGAUGCUUUUACCGUAUGGAUAGGUUUUGGUAUUCCUGUGAGAACUUUUUGCAACGUAGAGUUUCUGCGCAUAGACCGGUUCUGUGAUGUAGACAUUCCUAUAUUUCCCAAUUUAAUUCGUCUGGAUCUCAUCUUUGAAGUUGGAGUCUAUAGUAAAUGGGAAUCAGUGCUUGAUAUGCUCAAUCAUUGCCCUCAACUUCAAAUUCUUGUCCUUGAAAACCAAUAUGCUUGGCCAAACACACAUGUUCGUGAAUGCUUUUCUUCACAGCUCAGGAGGUGCAUUCUUAAAAAAUUUAGCGGCAUGAAAUCUCAGAUGAGAUUUGCUGAGCUUGUUAUGCAAAAUUCAACAUUGUUACAUACCAUGAAAAUUUUCAGUAACCCUUUCCUAUCUCAUGAGAAAAUUCUUGAAAUGAAAAAAGAAUUGGACUCAUGCACAUGGAGCUCUAUAUCCUGUGAAAUUUUAUUUAUGUAAUUUUUAUGCUUGUUAGUAUUUGAAAAUUAUUUCCAGAUGACUGCAAUUGUAUUCAGUACUGCAUAUAUUAUAUCUGCUGGAUUUGGUGCUUUUUUUGAAGGA